CGAAACCAUUCAUCAGUUUUUGACAAUCAAUGCAAACAUUUGUCGACAAAAAUCGCAUGUUUUCACUGAAAAUAGUGUUAAAUAAAUAAAUAAAUGAUAUUUAAAUCGGUUUUAAAACUGUUGACAAAAAACAUAUAAAUAUCAGCGAAAAAGGCAUUAGUAUUACAAGACAUGAGCGCAAUAUCUUCACCAGAGUUACCAUCGAUGCCGUUAUCGAAGUAGCGAUCAAAUGAAUGGUUUCGAGGGAUUAGCAGAUAAUGAGAUUCAAGGCGUUGCUAAUCCUCCCAAUCAUUAGUAUUAUCGGUCUUUCACUGAGUGUCCAGUUCUUGAGCGCUAUAUUCCUGCAGCUAUUCCUCCGCACUAUCGGCAGACAUAAGACACCGCACAAGACAUCACCGCAAGAGCGGCAACCAGAGGGUGACGAGAGCUCCGACACCACAGAGGGGGACGGGAUGUGGAAAUGCCGUAAAUGCCAGAAAGCCGUCUUUUUCGCUGAGAGGAAGUGCUCGUUAGGCUAUGACUGGCAUCCGGAGUGUCUGACGUGUCACGAGUGCGGCAAACGUCUGAAUCCCGGACAACACGCAGAGCACAAAAGCAUUCCCUACUGUUAUAUCCCAUGUUAUGGCGCACUCUUUGGACCACAACUUUACGGUCAUGGGUCUCGAGUUGAAUCUCAUUCCAGUUUUGGCCAAAAAUCGCGACUAAAUUCGGACCAAAUGUCGGAUAAGAUAUUAGAGACAAAACUCAAAGAAUACAACCAAUACUACGAGGGAAAGGGGAAUACCAUUCAAUACCGCGAGAGGAACGGGAAGUUCAUAUUAGAGGGUUCGGUGCGGAUCUAUUGGGACGUCUCUAAUGUCAUACAACUCAAGGAAGACAAUGACGACCGGGUAUUCAUACGGCGCCGCAGUUACUACAACCCUAACCCCCGGCGCAAGACAUCCACCAAGAGUUUGAUGGUCUUCGACGACAACCAAAGCAUUAGUUCCACAUCCAGUCCCGACUCCAGUAGCCAACAGUCCAGCCAACAGACCAGUCCCACGACCAGCGAUGGCACGUCCAGUCUGUCCAGUCCGUCGUCCACUACUGAGGGACGGACGGCCAGUCCUGACGACAAUCAGCGUAAGUAUCGGACGCUUCCCAUCCGGGGCUCCGAAAGUGCCAAAGAAUUGCGCGAAGAGUUGCGCCGUUCGUCCAAAUCCUUCGACGACGAGUACGUCCAACAGAUAUCCGACUCGAAGGCUAAACAACAACAACAACAGCAAAGUCUUCUGCAAACGCCAAAUGCAAACACCGGUGACCAGGAGGUGGUGCUCCGGAGGACUUGUAAUCUGAGGCGUUCCCGCAUUAAGUUGAAGCGCCGGUGCUCUAUAAACGGCCACUUUUAUAAUAGAGAGACGAGUACAUUCACUCCGGCUCACGGGUCGGUCACCAGUGUAUUCAUAUCUAGUCUACUGAAUGCACCGGAAGUUAUAAACCUAUUGCUGGAUAAGUUCAAAGUAACGAAUAAAGCCCAAGACUUUUCCCUCUUUGUUCUCAGAGAUAACGGAGAAUGCAAACGACUUCAAGACAAUGAGUUCCCA